AUUAUUCCUACAAGGUUUGAGCUGAGCACCGUUGGGCAAGCGAAUGUGUUUGGCCGCCAAUUCUGUUUACCUUUCCGUCGCGUCGAGUGAGGUCCACGCAAGUUUAUUGUGUUGAGCGAGGCAACAGCAUGACAAAGAAGGACAGUGAGUGUGUGGAGCGAGUGAGGAAGUACCUAGAGCAGCAGAAUAGGCCGUACAGCGUCAAUGACAUCUUUCUGAACCUGCACAAGGAGCUGGGGAAGACGGCCGUACAGAAAGCCUUGGACCAGCUGACGGCCGAAGGCUCAGUGCAUGAGAAGACCUAUGGCAAACAAAAGGUGUACGUGUUCAGUCAGGAGCAGUUUCCUCCCCUGGAUGAGAAGCAGCUGAAGGAAAUGGACAGUCAAGUAGCAGAACUCACCACCAGCCUGAGGGAGAAGGAGAGGCAGCUGGGUGAGGCAGAGACACAUCUCAAGGCUCUCACUGCCACACCCACUACACAGGAGGCACAGGACAGGGUGGAAAAGACAGAGGAGGAAGUGUGCCGGUUGCAACAGAAGCUCAAUGACCUGACAGAGAACAGAGUCUUGGUGUCCAAGGAGGAACAGGACAGUGUGAGGAAGGAGAGUGAGGGCAUGACCAGGCAGUGGCGGAAGAGGCGCAGGUUGGCCCUUGACAUGCUGGACGCCAUCCUGGAGGGCUAUCCACACCCUAAAGUCCACUUGUAUGAGGAAAUUGGUGUGGAGACUGACCAGGAUGCAGGGGUGGUGCUGCCCAAGGCCUGAGGGCAGCAACAGAGAGGCUGUUGAAGAGAAAUGACACUGAGCUAUUAGAGGUAAAUUUGGCAGUUCUUGGCUGCAAUAGAAUCUCUCCAAUAACAAUUUCCAAAAUAACUUACUUUUAUUACAGUAGACCACACAUAGCAGUGAGAGUGAAUGAUGAAAAGACUGGGUGGAUGGGCAUAGAAAGAGGUGUUUGAUAAGGGUUUGUUCUGUCACCAGACUUGUUUUCAGUGUGUAGUCAAGCGAUUUCUUUGCCUUCUAAACUACUCUUCUACAGAUUCAGUGCCUCUGUACUUCUAUCUCCAGUGUCUUAUCUGGUCGAUCUAUCCCUGCUGUGGUAGACAGUCACUGUUCUUUACCUAAACCUAUCAACAGUUGUAUCCCAUAGGGCUCUGUCCUAUCUCCCACUCUUUCUGAUGUUCAUUAACCCUCCAGCUCCGGGUGUCUUUGCAGAAGGCUACCCCCAUGUCCGGGGGUUUGGGGAAAAUUUAGGGUCAUGUUUACAUUCCAAUUGCAAUGUAAAUAAACAUAAUGGAAGUUAACCAUAUACUACUUCUAGGAGUACAAACUGUCCUCUGUCGAAUGACGUUUAGUAGACUGCUCUAGGUCCACUGGUUGCUAAGUAAUCAUGAGUAGAAGUUGGUAACUUUUUUUGCUGUAGAACUAGCCCACAUUCGGGUGUGUGCCAUUGACACGGGCGAGAGUCUAACCCACGCUCCUCCGCUCUGCCCCACCCCCUGCAGUGACGUCAUGCGUUGAUAUCUCCUGAUUGGCUGCUGCCUCCCUCCUUCCCCUCUCUGACCCCCCCUCCUUGCCUCUCCCUCUGCUCGCUCUCUUUCAUUCUCUACCUCCCGCCUCCUGCAUAUAUUGUGUUUUGUGUUUUUUUCUGUUAUUCAACAAGAAGCUCCUCUUCGUCUUUUUCCUUUCCUUUUUUUUUUUUUUUACAACGGAGACAGCUCAAGGCACACAAAAAAGAAAACAAAAUUUCGGGAGGAGAAGUGUCCUGAUACCCUCCUCUUGAAAGAGUUCAAGUCGUAGGAAGGAGAAAAUACAGAUGAAGGAAGAUUGUUCCAGAGUUUACCAGCAUGAGGGAUGAAAGAGUGAAGAUGCUGGAAGAUGCACUGCUUAGUGCAAUAAAGUCUUUCUAUGAGGAUGCAUCUGCAUGUGUCAAAAUUACUGGAGAAACAAGUGAACAUUUUGAGAUAAAAGUGGGCUUAAGACAAGGGUGCGUCAUGUCACAAUGGUUAUUCAAUAUUUAUAUGGAUGGUGUUAUUAGAAAAUAAGGGCAAAGUUGGAGAAGUUGGAGUAAGACUGUUCAAUGAGGGAAGGAAGUGGGUACUGAAUUCGAUACUGUUUGCUGAUUGCUCAUUGCUCAGUGCUCAUUGCAGAAAAUGAAAGUGACCUACAAAAUUUGGUCAGUGUUUUUGAUAGUGUCUGUAAUAGGAGAAAGCUGAAAGUAAAUGUCAACAAAAGUAAAGUGAUGGUUUGUGAGCGAAGUAGAAGUGAGGUUGUGGAUUUUGUAUACCCAUAUAGAGUGGGAAUUGAAUUUGAAAAAGAAUGCAAAAUAAUUUUGAAUGGUGAAGAAAUGGAGGAGGUCAAUGAGUUUAAGUACCUUGGAUCAGUUAUUUGUAAGCAUGGUGGUAUGGAGGGAGAGAUAAGAGGAAGGGCAUUGCAAGGAAGAAGGGUGGUAGGGUCUUUGGGACGAAUCAUGAAUGGCAGAAGUGUGAGCAUGGAGGUAAAGAGGGAUUUGAAAAAUACAAUAAUAGUACCAACCCUCACAUAUGCAAGUGAAACGUGGGCCUGGAAUGAAAGUCAGAAGUCUACAGUGCAGGCAGUGGAAAUGAGUUAUUUGAGGAGUGCUUGUGGUGUGAGUAGAAUGGAUGGAAUGAGUAAUGAAAGUGUGUACGAACAUUUUGGAAUGUGUCACAGGGGUGAAGGGAAGAAGUGUGGAGUGGUGGAAGAAGUGAAGCGACAGACUUUAAAGUGGUUUGGCCACAUGGAGCGAAUGGAGGAGAGUAAGAUGACCAGAAGGGUGUAUGUGAGUGAGAUAGAGGGAGGGAAUGCUAGAGGACGACCUCCAGUGAAAUGGAGGGAUAGGGUGCAAGAGUACGUUAGGGAGAGGGGGGAAAGAUUUUUGAGAAACUUUGAGCAGACAAGGAGGGAGUGUCUGGAUAAAGAAAGUUGUAAGCUCUUCUGCCGUGGCCAUCCCCUGGUGGGAGCUCCUAGGAGCAGGCGUCGAUGAAAUGAUGAUGAUGAAGAUGCUGGUUAACUCAUGCGUAAGGGAUUUGGACAGUAAAGGGAUGAGCUUUAGAAGAAUGUCGUGUGCAGCGUGGCCACGGGAGGGGGGGAGGCAUGCAGUUAGCAAGUUCAGAAGAGCAGUCAGCUUGAAAAUAACGAUAGAAGAUAGAAAGAGAGGCAACAUGGCGGCGAAAUUUAAGAGGUAGAAGACUAUCAGUAAGAGGAGAAGAGCUGAUGAGAUGAAGAGCCUUAGACUCCACUCUGUCCAAGAGAGCUGUGUGAGUGGAGACCCCCACACGUGAGAGGCAUACUUCAUAAGAGGGCGGACAAAGCCCCAGUAUAUGGAUAGCAACUGUGCUGGGGAGAAGAACUGGCGGAGACGAUACAGAACGCCCAACCUCGAGGAAGCUGAUUUAGUGAGAGAAGAGAUGUGAAGUUUUCAAUUAAGAUUUUGAGUUAAGGAUACACCAAGGAUAUUCAGUGUUGAAGAUGGUGACAGCUGAGUGUUGUUGAAGAAAAGGGGGUAGGUGUUUGGAAGAUUGUGUCGAGUUGACAGGUGGAGAAAUUUGUUUUUUGAGGCAUUGAAGGACACAAGGUUCCUUUUACCCCAAUCGGAAAUGAUAGUAAGGUCUGAGGUUAAGCACUCUGUAGCCUCCAGCCUGGAGUCAUGUAAUUCCUGUUGAGAGGGUCUUCUGUUGAAAGAAGUUGAAUAACGCAGAGUGGAGUCAUCAGCGUAUGAGUGGACAGGACAGUUUGCUAUGGAAAGAAGAUCAUUGAUGAAUAACAGGAAGAGAGUGGGUGAUAGGACAGAGCCCUGUAGAACACCACUGUUGAUAGGUUUAGGGGAAGAACAGUGACCGUCUACCACGUCACAGAUAGAACGGCUGGAAAGGAAACUGGAGAUAAAGGAACAUAGAGAGGGAUAGAAUCCGAAAGAGGGCAGUUUAGAAAGUAAAGACUUGUGCCAGACACUAUCGAAGGCUUUCGAUAUGUCUAGCGCAACAGAGAAAGUUUAACCGAAACUGCUAAGAGAGGAUGACCAAGAAUCAGUUAAGAGAGCAAGAAGAUCGCCAGUAGAACGCCCCUUGUGGGACCCAUACUGGCAAUCAGAUAGGUUAGAAGUGGAAAGGUGCUUUUGAAUCUUCUGGUUAAAGAUUGAUUCAAAAGCUUUAGAUAGGCAGGAAAGUAAGGCUAUAGGGCAGUAGUUUGAGGGAUUGGAACGGUCACUCUUCUUAGGCACAGGCAAAGGCAUACUUCCAGCAGGAAGGAAAGGUAGAUGUUGAUAGGCAGAGACGAAAGAGUUUGACCAGGCAGGGUGUCUGCACGGAAGCACAGUUUUAAGGACAAUAGGAGGCACUCCAUCAGGUCCAUAAGCCUUCUGAGAGUUGGGGCCAGAGAGGGCAUAGAAAACAUCAUUCUUAAGAAUCUUAAUAACAGGCAUAAAGGAGUCAGAGGGGGGAUGAGUAGGAGGAAUAUGCCCAGAAUCGUCCAGAGUGGAGUUCUUACAGAAAGUCUGAGUGAAGAGUUCAGCCUUAGAGAUAGAUGAGACGGCAGUACUCCCGUCAGGGUUAAGGAGAGGAGGGAAAGAGGAAAAAGUGAUAUUGGAGGAGACAUUUUUGGCUAAGUGCCAGAAGUUUCUGGAAGAAUUAGAGAAAGCAAGGUGUUGACAUCUGCUAUGGAUAAAGGAGUUUUUGGUAAAUCGAAGAAUAGAUUUGGCACGAUUCCAGGCAGAAAUCUCUCUCUCUCUCUCUCUCCAUCUAAGAGAGAGAGAGAGAGAGAGAGAGAGAGAGAGAGAGAGAGAGAGAGAGAGAGAGAGAGACAGAGGCAGAGAGAGAGAGAGAGAGAGAGAGAGAGAGAGAGAGAGAGAGAGAGAGAGAGAGAGAGAGAGAGAGAGAGAGAGAGAGAGAGAGAGAGAGAGAGAGAGAGAGAGAGAGAGAGAGAGAGAGAGAGAGAGAGAGACAGAGAGA